UCUUUUUGCAAAAAAUGAAAAUCGACGAUUGUUGUGAAGCUGAAUGUAAUGUUAACAAAUGUAAUGAAAGAAGAGGCUUCGACAAGCUUUGUGCAGUAUUAUUGGCGGGGUAUUCGAUUUACAGCUUGAUAUCGACAAUUGUGACCAUUAUAUCAAACAAAUGGCUCGUUGCCAACAACGAAAGUGCAUCUCAGGGGCUAUCACAGUUAUGCGGUAUUGGAAAUGAAGUCAACUGCACAAGCUCAAUUAGUUGUGUACAAUGCAAUGACACUGAACAAGAGACGCAUUGCAAAUCAUUUAAACGUGGAAUCGACGAAAAAGUUGCAUUUGGUCUAUUAAUUGUCUCUGCAUCACCUCGUUUCAUUUCUUGCAGCCUUUCUGUCGUCGUUGAUUGGUUUUUCACCAUCAAAAAGUGUUGCUCUGAAAGUUCGAGACCGCACUUUGUGACCAUUGUUACAUUGGAAUCCAUUGCAGCCUUCAUGGAUCUUGCCACAGCCAUAAUCUACGCUGUUUAUAACGAAGACAAAAAAUUGGAAGAUAUUCCUCACAUAGGUUCUCUGUGUGCAAGAUUUGGAGGCGCAUUCGGUGCGACAUGUGCUAGAGUAUUCUGGCUGAUUCUACCAUGGAUUCUAUUUGCAAAAUCAUGGUAUAACGGCACCAUUGACAGAGCGGAUAAAGAAACAAAAGAACAAGAUGAAAAUGAAAACGCUAAUCUAGCCUAGUAGAUACACGUAUCAUUUAAUGAACCUUCAUGUCAAUACAGCUUCAAUCGUUGACAUUUGUCUCGACAGGAAUGACUAACUUUUUAGCAAGUUUCAAAAUAAACUGAAAAUAAAUAAAACGGAAGUUUCUAAGUUUUUAAUUACCAACAGCAUACUAUUUUAGUGUAAAACAUAUUUGGAUCUGUUGCAGAAAAAAAGACACCCCGGCGCAACUCGUAAUAAAAAAAAAUUCUAAUUAUCCAGUCAUCCCUAACCCGAACCCUAAUUGAUAAUUACUAAUUUUCCAUUUUAAACGUGCUGAGGUCUUUUUCUCAAAUCUCACAUUUUUGUUUUUUACAAAAGUUUCAAUUCUUUUUGCAUUCUUAUGUAUAUAAUCAUUGGAAGGGCGCUUAAUUGAGCAAGAACACAAAUUGGCUAUGGCAACAUUUAACCUAAACCAGGAAAGUAAAACGUUGUUCCGUUGAAUAAACAUUUAUAGUUAUUCACAGCUUUCA